AUGCCCCCAGUGAAGCUGAAUUACACAGGAAGCUUUUUCCGUGCCCACAAGGACACUCCCCAUAGCAAGAGAAUGUUCAGAUCACUCAUCGUAGUCUUCCCAACCCCUCACACUGGGGGUGAACUUGUCCUCCACCAUGUAGAGAAAACCCUUACUUUCAAUUCCGGCAUGGUCCUCGCAGGAUCUCCGGACAAAAUUGCCUUUGUCGCAUUCUUCUCUGACGUUGAUCAUGAAAUUCUCCCUGUUAAGAGUGGUCACCGGGUUACGUUGACUUACAACCUCUACCAUCUGGAUCCUGCCUCUUCUCAACUCCCACCAAACACAGAGGAUGUCUGCUUGGAGCUCGGAUUGGGGGUUUCUAUCAAGAGCGUUAUCCAAGACACUAGCGAUAGGUACGAAGCUAAAUGGAAAAAGCUGAAGGUGCCAAAAAAAGCUCGUUUCCUACCUUGCAUUAUGAUGGACAAACCUAAGGAACUAAAAGGCUGGGGAUCAGCUGAAGUUCCGUUGGUUGAUCAUUUUGUGGAAAGGGAACUCGGAACUCUCAUCCAUCCAUAUGAUAAGAAGUUUUUCGAGUACACGACGCCUGCCUACAGUGGUUCUUUGCCAGAGUCACCACAAAGGUCGAAAGUGGUUGUUUGGAUCUCUGAGUUGGAGGAGAGGACUGGUGGAGGAUAUGAGUUGCCUUUUGUUGCAUGGGAAAAUGAGCAGUCGACGAUGGAGUGGUCUAACGUAGCGAUCUGA